AGGUUUUGUUUGGGAUCUCACCAUUUCUUCCUUGUCUCUGUCUCAACACGGCGCCGCCGCUUCUGCCGCCGGGAGCCGAGCCCAAGCCUAAGCGAAAGCCAUGGCGAUUGGUUCUCUGAUCGCCUCUACUUUCGCCAGAUCUAGCCAUGCCCUCCCCGCUGCCGCCGCUUCGGCCAUCUCUCAGGCUCCCAGAUCCCAGCACACCGCAUCUCCUCUACUCUCCGGCCUUGGAGCAGCGGCUCGUGCUUUCAGCUCAAGGGCUCUAUGGAAGGGAGCAUUCGUUGACGCUUUCCUGUCUAGAAUUAAGAAGAACAGAGAAAAUAUGAAUGGCAAGAAGAUUUGGUCUCGUAGAUCCUCUAUUUUGCCGGAAUUUGUUGGUUCCUCUGUGCUCAUUUACAAUGGGAAAACUCAUGUCCGGUGCAAGAUCACUGAAGGGAAGGUUGGCCAUAAAUUUGGAGAGUUUGCUUUUACACGGAGACGAAGGCCCCAUCGAACAAUGACAGGAAAGGGAAAUCAAGGAAAGGCAAGAAAGUAAAAGGAGAAAUGUGCAUGAAAGGUGGUUUUAAGGAUAGCAUGAUGAGGCAGUAGUUGACGAACAAGAACAUGAAUAACCAGAAAUUAUGAUCUGGACUGCUUUACUGCUUUUUCUUAGACCAAUAAUUGCAGGAGAAUGUUAGUUCAUCUUACUUAAAGAUUCGUCCGUGUACUUUGUUCCUAUCUACUUCCUGCUUACUUUUGGUGUCAUGAGUGAACAUUAAACUGAUCGUAAGUUAUGCUUUAGAGUGAUUGUUUCUUGCCACAGUUAGCUGUUCACCUCGUGGCCACUCAAAUAGCAGAAGUUCCCGACAAACUGAAGACAAUCAAUAAUACUAAUUUAUGCAAACAGCUAUGAUAGA